GUGUAUGCAUUUAUACGCACCAUUACCCCACAAAUAAAGGAAAGGAAAGGAAAGCAUUAGACCCACAUGCACAUUGGAGGAGUCCUCUCCUUGCAUUGAGAGCAGAGAGAAAUGUCCUCACUAGAGUCCCCCAACUCCCCUCCCAACCUGUCUUUUACAAUAAGAUCAGGAGCAGCUGCAUCCACCCCAACCAAAUUCUCCAGAAGCAUUUCCACCAAAGAACCCUCCUUUUCCCAUUUUCCCUACAGUCCACCUCGCCUGAGCGCCCCAACCACUCUUUCCAAAAGCCUGCACACUUCACCGCUUGCCUCUCCUCUUCACUCCCUCGUCCCCACCAAGAUCCCCGACCUCCACUCUGCUGACUACCGGUGCGUCUCCUCAGUCCUCAAAAAGGACGGCCAGAUCCUGUCCAUUGCCGUGUCCAACGGCUUCGUCUACACAGGCUCGGAUUCCAACGCCAUCAGGAUUUGGAGGCUCCCGGAGUUCGCCGAGUGUGGGCAGCUCAAGACCAAGGCUUGCAUGGUGGUUGCAUUGGUGGUGUCCAAUGAAAGAGUCUAUGCAGCCUAUGGUGACGGCAAGAUUCGGGUGUGGCGCAGAACAUCUGAUCAUGGGAGCUUGAAGCACAUCCGAUUGGCGACGAUCCCCAAGACUGGAAGUUAUGUCCGGAGCUAUAUUGCCGGCAAAGAUAAAACGCAGAUGAAGCAUACAGGACCCAUAACAGCACUAGCGAUCAAUGCAUCAGACGACAUCCUGUAUUCAGCUUCCCUCGAUAAAACAGUGAAAGUAUGGCGAAUCUCUGACCUCAAAUGCAUCGAGACCAUUCAAGCCCAUCCCGAGCCAAUCAAUGCCAUCGUAGUUGCUGAUGACGGAGUUCUGUUCACCGCCGCUGACGAUGCCACCGUCAAAGUGUGGCGCCGCAACUUUUGCGGAGGGGACCAACCUCACUCGCUCACCGUGACUCUCCCAGCCAAGAGCUCGCCCGUAAAAUCCCUGGCUCUCACCCAAGAUGGUGGAGUUUUAUACGGUGGGUGCACUGAUGGUUACAUAAACUACUGGCUCAUGGGCUGGUUCUCCGGCCAACUGAACUACGGUGGCGCACUCCAGGGUCACACCCAUGCAGUCAUGUGCCUAGCCAGUGUGGCUAGUUAUGUCGUGAGUGGCUCGGCAGACUCAACAUGUAGGGUUUGGAUUAGAGAACAAGAUGGCGGCCAGCACACAUGUGUAGCAGUGUUGGUGGGACACAGGGGGCCUAUUAGGUCUAUCACUGCGUUUUCUGGGGCUUUGGGCGAUGAUCAGAGUACUGAGGAUGGCUGCACAAUCUGUACAGGGAGUCUUGAUGGAGUGUUAAAGGUGUGGCAUGUGACAUGCAAGAGCAUGAUCAAAUCAAGCAGCCAGUCUCCUGCACGAAGUGUGAGCGAGUAUUUUGAGCUGUAGAUCAUCGAAUAUUGGAGACUUUGAGCAGGGAUUUCUGUACACUUCAAGACGUCGCAUAUGUACAUAUUUGUAGCGAAUCAUGCUAGCUCUUAGAUAAAAUGAUCAUAAUAUCGAUCUGCCCUCAA